AUGUACGGCGACAGGACGGCUGAGACGCAACGAAAGCAGAGACAGGAGGAGAAUGUGGAGCUGAGACGCGUUCGAACUGAGGAGCUGCUGAAAAAGAAGCGCGAGGCACUCGAAUCCACGACCAAUGUUGUAUAUGCUGCAUCAAGACAGAAAUUGGAAAGCUACCAGCCUGAGGACAUCUACAAUGGAGCAUAUGAAUUCAGACUGGUUCUAUCACAGGAGAAUAAUCCACCAAUCCAAGCCGUAAUUGACUCAGGAAUAGUAAACAGGGUUGUAGACCUGCUUGAGCCAUCCUUCUACGUAAACGCAGGCAUUGCAUUGGAACGAGCCAAUGCGAUAAGAAUUGAAUGCGCAUGGAUUCUAACUAACAUAUGCACAGGAACGCACGAACAGACGCGAGUGGUAGCAAGAACACGAGCACCGAUGCUACUGGUUGAGAUGCUGUGCGAAGAAGACCACGGUGUUGUGGAUCAGAGCGUCUGGUGUCUUGGAAACAUAGCAGGAGACUGUGAGGAAUUCAGGGAUGCGUUGAUUCAGAUGGACGUGGUGGAGAAGACGAUUCAUAAGAUCAACAAGUACGGAACAGACCAGUUGAACAUCAAAAUACUAAGGAAUCUGCUCUGGCUGCUAUCGAAUUUGAAUCGAGGCAGAAAUCCAUCGCCUGAAAAAGAGAACAUGCAGAAAUCACUGCUGGUGUUUGAGCAGUUUUGUUUGUCUCAGGAUGCAGAGACAGUUUCCACCUGUUUCUGGGGCAUUUCGUACAUUUGCGACUCAGACGAGGAGCUUACGACCUACAUCCUCAAUUCGGUGAUGUUUAGGAAGAUGUACGAGUUGCUUAGCUCAUUCACGCAGUACUUGCAGACACAAAGAGGAACUAAGUCAAUUCAAACAACAAUAUGCAUUUCUGCGAUAUCGCCAUUGAUUAGAACAGUUGGAAACAUCGUGUCUGGGUCAGAUGAGCAGACUGAGAUCGUCAUCAAAAGCGGAAUCAUCGAAAUGCUCCCAGUGAUAUUCUACAACUUUGGUAGCAAAAAGAUCGCCAGAAUCAGGAAGGAGAUCUGUUGGACACUCUCCAACAUAUCUGCUGGUACAGUAAACCAGGUUAGGCAUCUGUUUGACAGGAGAUUCAUCUCAAUGCUCAUAGAUGCCAUUUCUAAGUACGAGAUAUUCAUUAGGAAAGAGGCUAUUUAUGCAUUAGUAAGCAUAUCUGCAUUUGCAUCAAGUCAGAAUCAAACGAACGAAUUAUUGGAUUUGGGAAUCAUCAAAGGACUCAAAAAGUGUAUUGAAUCAUGUGCAAACUACCCGGAUGUGCUGGUUCAGACAUUGGAAGUCUGUGCGAAUCUGUUUGACGGUGGAGAAGAGAUGUUGAAGAGAACAGGCGUAAACAGAGUUCAUGAGGAAAUGGUAAACAGCAAAUUGGCCGAUAUGAUUGAGGAUUUGCAAGAUGUCAGGUCAAAUGUAGUUGCAAGCAAAGCAUACGACAUCAUUAUCAAGUAUUUCAAUGGUGAGGAUGAAGAUGUGUAUUGA